GGCUAGUAAAAAUUGUAACGGAAAUGAAAUGGAUAUCUUUAAAACGUCUCAUUAACACGGAUGGACAAGGAAAUGUUGCCCUUUAUCACAGCAAAAUUAUCGACAUAUGAAUAUGAUGCCAACAAAGUAGAAGUUUAUUUAGAGUUCCACGGACUUUCGGAAAAGAAAACAGCUUCCCUAGAUAAUCGAAAAUUUAUCAUAGAUGUGCAGCCGUUUGGGAAUAAAGAAAAGAGUUUUAACACAACUUCAUCUCCUGCUUCAGUGAUUGAAAAUGCGGUAGAGCUGACAUUCGAAAUAACCUCGUUAUACAAUACAUCGAAAGAGGAUCAUGUUUUAGAACUAAAUUUUACUUUCAAUAUCCUGCGGAAAAAUGGAAGAACAGCAAAAUCCCUUAUGAAAAAUCCCUUAAAAGCUUUCCUCCUUGUUUACGAGACAGUAGAAUCUUGCAGCUUUCUGGAUUUUGUUAAUCGUGAAAGACGAUUUCGAAGAUCCAUAACGGUUAAUCAAGUGAACAGUGAUGCAAAAGUUGGUUUAAAACCCUUCACUGCAUCAGCAGAUUUUGCUUUAUGUAAAGUCACCCCUUUCCCUGUCAAUUUUACGGAAAUAGGGUUAGACUGGAUAGUCUAUCCGGAGGUGCAGGAUAUCGGUUCAUGCAGGGGAAUAUGCCCUAUGAAAAGUGUCGUAACAGGGUACGGAUUAAUCCAAACUAUAUGCUUUGAAAACACUAAAAGAGGACAGCCACCAUCUUGUUACCCCAGUGAAUUUGGAAGCAUGACUAUCAUUUAUACUGAUUAUUUGGAUAAUAGACCAGUCAUAGCCAAAUUCUCUGAUAUGAUAGUCAAGAAAUGUAAAUGCAUAUAAGACUUAAAUGGAAUUUUAAAGUUUUAAUGCAUACUUAAACUAA